AUGUUUUGGCGGUUUGGCGCGCAUGUCAAUGCCCCAAAUAUUGACUCUUUGCUCGAUAAUGCAAAUAUUACCUUAGAGGAGGUUCUAGAUCAAAACGAUUUACUUCAAGAAUUAAAGCAGCAGAAUGUGAAGAUUAUUGGUUUCCUAAGUAGAACCAGCACCAUCGAGCGACUUCUCGAAUAUGUCGUUGCACCAAAACUCGAAGUUGUUGGGGAUGGAAACCCCGAACAAGGACACACUAGGACAGGAUCUCAAACGCAAGGAAGCGAGGAAAAACCAGGCGAAGAAGACAGUGAGAAGAGACUGAACCGCUAUGCAUAUAUUUCAACGGAAAUUCUAUCAUCGGAUACGCGGCAGAUUUGCGAUUCGUUAAUGAGAAAUCAUAGGUUGAUGGCCAAAUUUUGGACAUUUUUGAAAUUGUCACCCCCUCUUGAUCCUCUUCAAGCCAGUUACUUUACCAGAGUUAAUGAAAAUUUACUAGAAAGAAGCACUCAAGAGAUGCUCACAUUUUUCAAGUCUCUCGAAGGUGUUGUUCAGAAAAUGCUUGUUCAUGUUGAUUCGCCUAUGAUUAUGGAUCUAUUACUUAAAAUUAUAAGUCUGGAAAAGUCAGAAGGUGGACAGGGUAUCGUCGAUUGGCUACAAAGCCAAGGACUCAUAGAGAUUCUUAUUUCAUUCCUUUCAUCAGAACAUACAUGGGCAACACAAACUUCUGCAGGUGAUUUUCUUAAAGCAAUCAUCACCAUUUCUGCAAAUACUUCGCAAAAUCAACAAUCGUGUGUUGGGCCAAACGAGCUAACAAGGCAACUCGUAUCACGACCAUGCGUCGAAGAACUCAUAACUUACAUGCUCGAAGGAGGUAACCCAUUAACAGUUGGGGUCGGUAUUGUUAUAGAAGUUAUACGAAAAAAUAAUUCAGACUACGACCCUUUGUUUAACGCUGAACUUUAUACCCCCUCGACUCGAGAUCCUAUAUUUCUUGGUACGCUCCUUAGGCUAUUUGCACAAAGGGUACCUGAUUUUAUGAAUUUAAUGCUUAGCCCAAACCAAAAUUCAACAAGUAAAAACUGGCCACCAGGAACAAGGCGCACUCAACUUAAUGCAGCUUUCGGCGAGAAGAUUGAGCCUCUUGGUUUUGACAGAUUUAAAGUUUGUGAGUUGAUGGCAGAAAUCCUCCAUUGUAGUAAUAUGGGUCUCUUAAAUGAACCUGAUAGCGAAGAAUUGAUUCGAAAAAGAGAUGCUGAAAGGGAGAGACUCAAAAACGAAGGAAAACUUGGUAUAUUUCCAGAAGAUUCGAACACAUUAACACCAAAAAGAGACGAUGCCAAAAAGCUUCAGGUGCACAAUGUGUCUGAUGAUGACGGAUUUGAGCGAGUAAGCCAUUCUGUGGAUGAUGAUGUGACUGACUUUUAUAAUUCCGAGCCUAUAAAUUUGAUGGAUAAGGAUGAUGAAGAAUAUGUUGAACCAUUAUCUCCAAAAAUUAUAAUGGAAGAACCAACCUCCGAAAGAGGUACGGCGUCACUUUCUCCUGUGAGAAAGAUUUCUAGAAAACUUGAUACACUAGGACUAGAAAAUGCAAGCCAUGAGCAGAUUGGUUACCAAAUCACUGAGCAAUUAUUUACACUUGAGAAUGAACUGUCAACGGCAACCCUUGAAGAACACCCUUUCGGAAAAGAUUCAACCUCUAGGAUGGACGUUAAUCUCUCGAACGAAGUCAGCCAGACUUCUGACUCUUUGAGUCAAAAUUUUGGCGCAGCGUUAUUUCCUCAGCAGCAAGUUCCCGAAGUACCCAAAUUACCAUCAAAUAUUACAAAAUCAGAAUCGAAUGUAAUGGAGUACUCAAACUAUAAGCCAGCUCCUCUAUCUGUUGUGAAGACAAAUACACCGGAUUCAAAACUUGAAACGCACUGUUUAUCUGAGGAAUCCUCUCUCACUGGGGUAGAUUCUGUGAUGGAGGAGUGUGGUGGUCAAAGCUCACAGAUUAUCAACGUGUGUAUGAACAUACUAGAUUAUCCUAUAGUUGGAGACUUCCUCAAGAUACAAUUUGUCAAGUAUAAAGUUGUGCCAACCAUACUAGACUUUUUCUUUCGGUUUCCAUGGAAUAAUUUUCUACACAAUGUCGUUUACGAUAUUGUACAGCAAGUAUUCAAUGGACCUAUGGAACGAGGGUUUAACCGCUCCCUUGCUUUUGAUCUUUUCGAGACUGGUGAUAUUACAAUGAAAAUUGUAAAUGGACAGAAGAAGAGUGAUGAGAUGAUCAAGUUACGUCUAGGCUACAUGGGUCACUUGACAUUAAUUGCAGAAGAGGUUGUCAAAUUUACAGCGAGACAUCCAUCCCAACUGUUCCCAAACUCUGUUCUUGAAAAGGUGAUGAAUCCAGAAUGGAUUACAUACGUGGAGGUUAUCCUCACAGAAACCCGAGAACGGGAUAACGCUAUCCUUGGAGGUGUCAGACCGGUGAAGACAGUUAUACAACGUCAAAUGGGUGCAAAUAUUGUCGGUAACUUUGGGACGGCUCUAGCAGACACUGGUCUGACUGGGUUUGAGACGGGCAGUGGAGAAGACGACAAUAUGGUUGGAGUAGAAGUGGGUUACUCCGUCCAUCCAGCCCCUAAUCAUGAUAAAUUUGGCGUUGAAGAGCUUGAUUAUGAAUACUUUGAAAACCUUGAUCGAGAUGCUCCUUUGUUUUCUGAUGAACCACCGCCUCCAAAAUGGGUUGCAUUACCUCUCAGUAUUCCUCCUAAUCGUAGACGCCGUCAGUUGGCUUCCAAACUGGCCUUACAAAAGCAAGAGCAAGAAAACAGUACAUCAGAUGACCAGGAUAAUGAAAUUAGCGUUACAACAAGGGCCAAGAAAAGGUUAAGCCUGGACGAUAAUGAGCUCGAUUAA